AUGAGAGAGCCGUCAGGCCAAGGCACCACCAAACCGCUACGCCGGGAUACACGCACUGCAGCAGCAGCAGCAACAGCAGCAGCAGCAGCAGCAGUAGCAGCAGCAGCAGCAGCAGCAGUGGUAGUAGUAGUAGUAGCAGUAGCAGCAGUAGCAGCAGCAGUAGCAGCAGCAGCAGCAGCAGUAGCAGUAGCAGCAGCAGCAGUUGUAGUAGUAAUAGUAGUAGUAGUAGCAGUAGCAGCAGCAGUAGCAGCAGCAGUUGUAGUAGUAGUAGUAGUAGCAGCAGUAUCAGCAGCAGCAGUAGCAGCAGCAGCAGCAGCGACAGCAGCAGUAGCAACAGCAACAACAAUAGCAGCAUCAGCAGCAACAGCAGCAAAAACAACAACAGCAGCAGCAGCAGCAGCAACCGCAACAGCAACAGCAGCAGCAACAGUAGCAACAACAAAAACAGCAUCAGCAGCAGCAGGAGCAUCAGCAGCAGCAGCAGCAGCAGCAACAGCAACAGCAGCAGCAGCAGCGGCAGCAGCAGCAGCAGCAGCAGAAUCUGCCCCACCCGCCCUCUCCACUUCCCGCUUAUUAUCAUCACCUGCAGCAGCAGCAGCAGCAGCAGCAGCAGCAGCAGCAGCAGCGGCAGUAGCAGCAGCAGCAGCAGCAGCGGCAACGGCAGCGGCAGCAGAAGGAGGAGGAACAGCAGCAGCAGAAUCAGCAAGCAAACAGCAGCAACAGCAGCAGCAGCAGCAGAAACAGCAGGAUCAGCAGUAUCAGCAUCAGCAGCAACAACAGAAGCAGCACCACCACCACCAUCACCAUCAGCAGCAGCAUUACCAGCACCAUCAGCAGCAGCAACACGACCAUCAUCAUCAUCAGCAGCAGCAGCAGCAACAGCAGCAGCAGCAACAGCAGCAGCAGCAGCAGCAGCAGCAACAGCAGCAGCAGCAGCAGUUCUUGCCUUGUCUCCUGGUUUAA